GACCGAUAAUAGCGACAUUAAGAGACUUCCAACAUGGCUAAGAUGAAGUUUCGGUUGAUUGAUUCCCAAUUGGUUCGAUCCUUUUUUUUUGUGACGAGAUAUCCCUUAUCCUAUCCAUCCGCGAUGUUAUAUCCGCAAUUCCAUUCCAGACACGAAAGACAAGCUUCGGUGAUAGGCAGCAUUUCCACUCUGCAGGCCGGAACAAUGAUACACAAAUGAUAUCGGGCGUGAUUAUUACCCAGUAAUAAGUGUGGUUUGACGACGCCUCGUUCAGGGUACAUGGAGUGCGCGGGCCGCAACCAACAGACGGAGAGGAUUGGAGAGAGGAUUGGAGAGUGUCCCACCCUAGAGUUGGCGUACAAGAAUCAAAGUAUUCAUUCUCUUACAUUUGAUAGCUACCCCGCCGCUCUUUUCGUGGUUUUAUCUUAUAUAUCUCGGUGGCCUCUUUGACUUUGCAAAUAAUCUAGAUCAAACAGAAAAUUCUACUUUAGUUGUCACCAUGAGCUCGUCCAUUGAUAUUCCUCUCCAGCCACUACCGGUGCCGUCGGUUACUGAGCUAGAGACGGGGAUUUCAAUACUUCCUCCCCUCUCGAGGAAAGGUAACGGUCCUGGAAUGAUUGUUCUGGUGCCUGACUCUAGUCUAUCUGCUAUCUCAAUUAAUGAUGGGGUUCCUGCUCCUGCAGUGAAGUGGGCUGAGGAGGGAUACGCCGUCAUCGAAAUUCGCGAGUCGGCUGUUGAAACAGCAGGCUUGAUCAACCGGGCUCUUGAAGAACUGUCGAAACAUGAGAAAUGUACCCCGAAAGGCUCGGUGGGUUUAGUCUCAUACAGUUUGAAGCUAUGGAACAAGGUUGCUUCCGACUUGGACACUAAGAUUACUGCUGCGGCUCUAUACACUGCCGUCUCCGAUAUUGCAUCUCUGGCGCCGACUUCCAUUCCGACCGUGCGCCAUAUUGCUGGCCCAUCGUCCACUAAGCUCCAAAGGACAGAGGCCCUAAUGGAGUACGCUUAUCCAAGCAUGAAGACAGGGACGUUUGCUUUUCCCGAUUCAUCAGAGUUCCACUACGCUACUGAGGCUGUCUCGCACACACGAAACUUAACCUUUCUAAAGAAACAUAUGAAUGGACCAUAUUUUGAUCUAGAGGCCAUCUGGGAAGAGCACACUUACUUUGAGUUCGAGAACCGAUCUGUAGAGCACACAAUGAGCACCAUGGUGCAAGAGCCUUAUGUGAACCAUAUUCCCACGAUCACAGGUGGUAUAGGGAGAGACCGCCUAAGUAAUUUCUACCGCGACCAUUUCAUUUUCAGCAAUCCACAAGACACAAAUCUAGAGCUCAUCAGUCGAACAAUCGGGAUUGACCGAGUCGUGGACGAGUUCAUCAUGACUCUCACUCAUACCUCGGAAAUAGACUGGCUGAUUCCUGGUAUCCCACCUACAGGCUGUAAGCUCGAAAUCCCAUUCACCGCCGUUGUAAACGUCCGAGGAGAUCGUCUGUACCAUGAACACAUUGCAUGGGACCAGGCGACUGUCUUUGUACAGCUCGGAUUGAUGCCAGAAUAUGUCCCCUUUCCGUAUGCACUCCCAGAUAAGAGACAGCCAGCUUCGGGGAAGAGAUUUGAAGUUCGUCUUCCUACAGCGGGCGUUGAGACCGUGGCCAAGAUGCGAGAUAAGAACUCGGUUCCUUCGAACCAGUUGUUUGAAGGAGGUAUUCGCGAGGUAUGAAAGCUAGCUUGUAUUUUUAUAUAAAUGAUUUAUAAAUGAAUUGAGACUUUUG